AUGUUGGUCAUCGUUGAGGCCAUCGUUGAGCCUUGUGGUCAUCGUUGCACCAUCACCCCGGUGGUGGGCAAGAAGCGGAAGCGCAACGCCUCCUCCGACAACUCCGACGCCGAGGUGAUGCCGGCGCAGUCGCCGCGGGAGGAAGAGGAGACCAGCGUGCAGAAGCGGCGCUCCAACCGGCAGGUGAAGCGCAAGAAGUACACCGAGGACUUGGACAUCAAGAUCACCGACGACGAGGAGGACGAGGAGCUGGACGUGACGGGGCCCGUGCGGCCCGAGCAGCCCCCCGCCCCGCAGCCCCCCGCCCCGGAGCCGGAGCCCGAGGGCGAGACGUUGCCCUCCAUGCAGUUUUUUGUGGAGAACCCCAGCGAGGAGGACGCGGCCAUCGUGGACAAGGUCCUCUCCAUGCGGGUGGUCAAGAAGGAGCUCCCGUCGGGGCAGUUCACGGAAUCCGAAGAGUUUUUCGUCAAAUAUAAGAACUACUCCUACUUGCACUGCGAGUGGGCCACCAUCGACCAGCUGGAGAAGGACAAGAGGAUCCACCAGAAGCUGAAGCGCUUCAAGACGAAGAUGACGCAGAUGCGGCACUUCUUCCACGAGGAUGAGGAACCUUUCAACCCCGAUUACGUGGAGGUGGACCGCAUCCUGGACGAGUCGCACAGCGUCGACAAGGACAACGGGGAGCCCGUGGUCUACUACCUGGUGAAGUGGUGCUCCCUGCCCUACGAGGACAGCACCUGGGAGCUGAAGGAGGAUGUGGACGAGGGGAAAAUCGGCGAGUUCAAGCGCAUCCAGGCCCGGCACCCCGAGCUCAAGCGCCUGCCCCGUCCCCAAGCCGGCUCCUGGAAGAAGCUGGAGCUGUCCCACGAGUACAAGAACCACAACCAGCUGCGGGAGUAUCAACUGGAGGGGGUCAACUGGUUGCUCUUCAACUGGUACAACAGGCGAAACUGCAUCCUGGCCGACGAGAUGGGCUUGGGCAAGACGAUCCAGUCCAUCGCCUUCCUGCAGGAGGUCUACAACGUGGGCAUCCGCGGCCCCUUCCUGGUCAUCGCGCCCCUCUCCACCAUCACCAACUGGGAGCGGGAGUUCAACACCUGGACGGAGAUGAACAGCAUCGUCUACCACGGCAGCCUGGCCUCGCGGCAGAUGAUCCAGCAGUACGAGAUGUACUGCAAGGACUCGCGGGGCCGCCUGAUCCCCGGGGCCUACAAGUUCGACGCGCUGAUCACCACCUUCGAGAUGAUCCUGUCCGACUGCCCCGAGCUGCGGGAGAUCGAGUGGCGCUGCGUCAUCAUCGACGAGGCGCACCGCCUCAAGAACCGCAACUGCAAGCUGCUCGACAGCCUCAAGCACAUGGACCUGGAGCACAAGGUCCUCCUGACGGGCACGCCGCUGCAGAACACGGUGGAGGAGCUCUUCAGCCUCCUGCACUUCCUGGAGCCCUCCCAGUUCCCGUCCGAGGCGGAAUUUCUCAAGGACUUCGGCGACCUCAAGACAGAGGAGCAGGUGCAAAAGCUCCAGGCCAUCCUCAAACCCAUGAUGCUCCGCCGGCUGAAGGAGGACGUGGAGAAGAACCUGGCGCCCAAGCAGGAGACCAUCAUCGAGGUGGAGCUGACCAACAUCCAGAAGAAAUACUACCGGGCCAUCCUGGAGAAGAACUUCUCCUUCCUCUCCAAGGGCGCCGGCCACACCAACAUGCCCAACCUGCUCAACACCAUGAUGGAGCUGCGCAAGUGCUGCAACCACCCCUACCUCAUCAACGGCGCGGAGGAGAAGAUCCUGGCCGAGUUCCGCGAGUCCUGCCACCACCACGUGCCCCACGACUUCCACCUCCAGGCCAUGGUGCGCUCCGCCGGCAAGCUGGUGCUCAUCGACAAGCUGCUCCCCAAGCUGAAGGCCGGCGGCCACAAGGUGCUCAUCUUCUCCCAGAUGGUGCGCUGCCUCGACAUCUUGGAGGACUACCUCAUCCAGAAGAGGUACCUGUACGAGCGCAUCGACGGGCGGGUGCGGGGCAACCUGCGGCAAGCCGCCAUCGACCGCUUCAGCAAGCCCGACUCGGAUCGCUUCGUCUUCCUGCUGUGCACGCGGGCGGGGGGGCUGGGCAUCAACCUGACCGCCGCCGACACCUGCAUCAUCUUCGACUCCGACUGGAAUCCCCAAAACGACCUCCAGGCCCAGGCGCGGUGCCACCGCAUCGGGCAGAGCAAGGCGGUGAAGGUGUACCGCCUCAUCACGCGCAACUCCUACGAGCGGGAGAUGUUCGACAAGGCCAGCCUCAAGCUGGGCCUCGACAAGGCCGUGCUGCAGUCCAUGAGCGGCCGCGAGGGCAACAUCGCGGGGAUCCAACAGUUCUCCAAGAAGGAGAUCGAGGACCUCCUGCGCAAGGGGGCCUACGCGGCCAUCAUGGAGGAGGACGACGAAGGCUCCAAGUUCUGCGAGGAGGACAUCGACCAGAUCCUGCUGCGCCGCACCACCACCAUCACCAUCGAGAGCGAGGGGAAGGGCUCCACCUUCGCCAAGGCGAGCUUCGUGGCCUCGGAAAACCGCACCGACAUCGCCUUGGACGACCCCAACUUCUGGCAGAAGUGGGCCAAGAAAGCCGACCUGGACCUGGACCUCCUCAACAGCAAGAACAACCUGGUGAUCGACACGCCGCGCGUGCGCAAGCAGACGCGGCACUUCAGCACCCUGCGCGACGACGACCUGGUGGAGUUCUCCGACCUGGAGAGCGAGGACGAGGAGAGGCCCCGGUCCCGGCGGCACGACCGCCACCACCACCACGCCUUGCACCACGCCUAUGGCCGCACCGACUGCUUCCGCGUGGAGAAGCACCUCCUGGUCUACGGCUGGGGCCGGUGGCGGGAGAUCCUGUCCCACGGGAGGUUCAAGCGGCGCCUGUCGGAGCGGGACGUGGAGACCAUCUGCCGCGCCAUCCUGGUCUACUGCCUCCUCCACUACCGGGGCGACGAGAACAUCAAGGGCUUCAUCUGGGACCUCAUCAGCCCCAGCGAGAACGGCAAGGCUAAGGAGCUCCAAAACCACUCGGGGCUCUCCAUCCCCGUCCCCCGUGGCCGCAAGGGGAAGAAGGUGAAGUCCCAGAGCACCUUCGACGUCCACAAGGCCGAGUGGAUCCGCAAGUACAACCCCGACACGCUCUUCCAGGACGAGAGCUACAAGAAGCACCUCAAGCACCAGUGCAACAAGGUGCUGCUCCGCGUGCGGAUGCUCUACUACCUGCGGCAGGAGGUGAUCGGGGACCAGGCGGAGAAGGUGCUGGCGGGGGCCAUGGCCAGCGAGAUCGACAUCUGGUUCCCGCUGGUGGAGCAGCUGGAGGUGCCGACCGCCUGGUGGGACGCCGAGGCCGACAAAUCCCUCCUCAUCGGCGUCUUCAAGCACGGAUAUGAGAAGUACAACACCAUGCGGGCCGACCCCGCGCUCUGCUUUCUGGAGAAAGCCGGCCGCCCCGACGAGAAGGCGAUCGCUGCCGAGCAGCGCCUGGACGUCGGGGAAGGCGUGGAUUUCGACAAGGACUGCGAGGACCCCGAGUACAAGCCCCUGCCGGGGACGGCGAAGGAGGUGGACGAGGAGAGCGACCCCCUGAUGCUGCUGGACGAGGAGAUCUCGGUGGUGGACGGGGACGAAGGUCCUCCAGGACAGCCGCCGGCGUGGCCGGCGGGCUCGGUGCUGACGGCCCGGCUGCGGCGCUUGGUGGCCGCGUGCCAACGCUCGUGCCAACGCCAGCGCCUACGGGCCGAGGCGGCCGCCCGGGGCGAGCGGCGCCGGCGACGCUGCGAGGCCGCCUGCAAGCUCAAGGAGAUGGCGCGGCGGCAGAAACAGCAACGGUGGACGCGGCGGGAGCAGGCCGACUUCUACCGGGUGGUGUCCACUUUUGGGGUGGAGUUUGACCCCGAGACCCGUCGCUUCCGCUGGGGUCGCUUCCGCGCCCUGGCCCGGCUGGAGCGCAAGACGGACGAGAGCUUGGCCAAGUUCUUCCACGGCUUCGUGGCCAUGUGCCGGCAGGUCUGCCGCCUGCCGCCGGCGCCCGGGGACGAGCCCCCGGACCCCUCGGUCCCCGUCACCCCCGUCUCGGCCGAGCGGGCCUCCCGCAGCCUCCGCCGCCUCGCCCUCCUGCGGCGCCUCCGCGAGCAGGUCCUGCGCCACCCGCUGCUCCCCGCCCGCCUGGCCCUGUGUCCCCAACCGGGCCCCGAGCUCCCCGCCUGGUGGCAGCGGGGACGGCACGACGGGGAGCUCCUCCGCGGGGCCGCCCGCCACGGCUUGGCCCGGCCGGAGGCCGCCAUCAUCGGAGACCCGGACUUCUCCUUCCUGGCCUCCCGCUGCCGCUUCCUCCGCGCCCAGGGCGGCGGCGGAGGCCCGCAGGUGACGUCGGGAGCCCCGCCGGGGACGUCGGGGGGGACGGCGGGAGCCCCGGCGGCGGCCGACGAGGACGAGGACUCGGAGCUGGAGCUCGGCAAGCUCUCGGCCUCCGCCUCCGAGUCGUCCUCCGGGGAAGAGGACAGCGACGAGGAGAGGGGUCCGGAACCUUCCUGCGGGGGGGCCAAGCUGUCGGAGGAGGAGGAGGACGAGGACGAGGAGGAGGAGGAGGAGGACGAAGACGAGGACGAGGACGAGGAGGACGAGUCCCCCCCGCCCCCCCAUGAUUUCCUCCUCAAUUUUUACAUAUUUCCUGACCGCGCCCUGAUCCGCCGCCUGGACCUGGUGUGCCAGGCCGUGCUCACUGGCGAGUGGCCCCCCGAGGACCCCCCCCCAUCACCGGGGGGGGGGGGCACCGACCUCCACGGGGGGGGCGCCCCCGAAUCGCCCCCCGCCGUGCCCCCCCCCUACACCCGCCUGCGCCCCCCCGAGAAGGAAUUCACCGUGCAGAUCAAGGAUGAGGAGGGGCUGAAGCUGACCUUCCAGAAGCACCGCCUGGUCCCCAACGGGGCCCUGCGGGAGCCCCCCCCCUGGCGCUCCCCCCCCGGGGCCCCCCCCGGGGCCCCCCCCCGGCCCCAAAAAGAGCAGCAAGAAGCUGGUGGAGGGAAAAUGGCGGCUGUGGCGCUGCCAGGAGUUGCCGCUUGA